ACAGGUGAACAAGGUGAUGUCCAUCUUGUUUUAUGUGAUAUUUCUCGCUUAUCUUCGUGGCAUCCAGUCUACCAACAUGGAUCAAAGGAGUUUGCCAGAAGAUUCAAUAAAUUCUCUUGUUAUUAAACUCAUUCAGGCUGACAUUUUGAAAAACAAGCUUUCUAAGCAGAUGGUAGAUAUUAAGGAAAACUAUCAAAACACAGUGCAGAAGGCAGACACUCGGCAAGACACGGAUGGAGAUGAAAAUGUGAAAUCAGACUUCCAGCCAGUUAUCUCAAUGGAUACAGACCUCUUAAGGCAGCAGAGACGCUACAACUCUCCCCGAGUCCUCUUGAGUGACAACACACCGCUGGAACCACCGCCGCUGUACCUCAUGGAGGAUUAUAUUGGAAAUUCAGUGGUGGUGAACAGAACCUCUCGGCGGAAAAGGUACGCGGAGCAUAAGAGCCACCGAGGGGAAUAUUCCGUUUGUGACAGUGAAAGUUUAUGGGUCACGGACAAAUCGUCUGCGAUCGACAUUAGAGGACACCAGGUAACUGUGCUGGGAGAAAUUAAAACAGGUAACUCUCCAGUUAAGCAAUACUUUAAAAAAAAACCAAAGCCUGUAAAAAACGGCUGCCGCGGCAUCGAUGACAAGCACUGGAACUCCCAAUGCAAGACGUCCCAAACUUACGUUAGAGCACUGACUUCAGAAAACAAUAAACUUGUAGGCUGGAGAUGGAUAAGGAUAGACACCUCCUGCGUGUGCGCAUUGUCAAGGAAAAUAGGAAGAACAUAA